AUGGAAAUGAGCAACAUCGAGAAGCUUGUGGCGAAGGCUAAGGUCGCCGAACAGGCCGAAAGAUACGACGAUAUGGCCGAGGCAAUGAAGGAAAUUACGAAAACGGGUCAUAGCUUGACUCCUGAGGAAAGAAACCUUUUGUCGGUUGCGUACAAGAACGUUGUCGGAGCCAGGCGAUCUUCGUGGCGAGUCGUGUCUAGUAUAGAAGGAAAGUCUGACACUAACGAGAGAAAAAAGGAAAUCGCGACGAAAUACAAAGUAAAAAUCGAGAAAGAGUUACAAGAUGUCUGUAAUGUCGUACUG